GUUACAUCUUACAUCAUGCCAAAGCCAAUGACAGUUGUUUGUUUAUAAAACAAGAAUCUAGCCCUGAGGGCGAGAAAUUAAUUUAAUUCCCUUAUCCGGUUUUGAUUAAAUAAUAUGGGUAUUAAAUUAAUAACAGCAACCGAACGGCAUAGGCUUCAGAAGCACAACUAGUAACAAUAUGGGUUAAAACAGGAUAAGAAAAAUGUUUUAUUACAAAUUGAAAUUCACAGCAACUGCAAUUAUAGUUUUUACAAUAUUCACCAUAAUAUAUUUUAUCAAAACAAGCAACAAUGACGAUAUAGAUCAAUUUGAGAAGAAAUACCGAGAAAUACUCGUCCGACCGCCCAAAUAUGAAAAAUUAUUUCAAAUGAAUAACUUUCACUAUGUACUAAAUGCUAAAAAAUGUGAAGAGAAUUCAAAAAUACAAGCUUUAUUUGUAAUAACAUCAUAUUUUGGGAAUGUAGAAACCAGAAGUGCAAUGAGAAGAGCCUUUCCUGAAGAAGAUCUGAAAUUAAUUAACUUAAAAAGAGUCUUUUUACUGGGGUUAGCACCAAAUGAUAAAUAUACUACUCAGGCAUCUGUAGAAUCUGAAAGUAAGAGAUUUAAAGAUAUAAUACAAGGAAGUUUUGUAGAAGCCUACAGAAACCUCACAUAUAAGCACAUUAUGGGUCUUAAAUGGGCAGCCGAAAACUGUUUCAAUGUUGAUUUUAUUAUAAAAAUGGAUGAUGAUACAGUUGUUAACGUAGAUAAGAUUCCUGCAGUAUUAAAAUUGUUCAAGGUACCUAAAAGCAAACAUUUUAUAGCAGGUUAUGUGUUAAGAAAUAUGGUACCAAUUCGAGAACCUGCUAAUAAGUGGUAUGUUACUCAGAAAGAAUAUGAUUUAUCCUAUUAUCCAACAUUUGUUUCUGGGUGGUUUUAUAUCACUACUCCUAAAACAGCAAAUGAACUUGUUCAAAUAAGUCAGAUUUCUGAAUAUUUUUGGAUUGAUGAUACUUUUAUAACAGGUAUUUUAGCACAAAAGCUAAAAAUAAAACAUUUUGAUAUUAGUAAGUAUUAUGCUGAACAUUCAGAAUAUAUGGAAUGUUGUCUUGAUGAUAUUCGCAGCAAAAAUUUAAGUUGUGAUAUUUUAAUAGGGCCAAAUGGUGGUAACAAUAAUUUAUUUUAUGAAUUUAACAAUGCUGUUAGUAUAUGCAAUUUAAAUUUAUGUAAAAAUAGGACCAAAUCUCUAAAAGAAACUUGUGUGGCCAAAAAAUCAGUUCAUUUAGGGCAUGGGCAGCCUUUGGUUGAAACAUAUAAAUUGCAUUAGUUUUAAGUAGAGUGUUCAAAGAGGAAUUGCAUAUUUUUGUUUAUUUUGAUGAUUUAACUACAACUACUACUGGUAAUUAAAUAUCUUAGAUUCCAAUUUUUAUCAUUCCAAUCAUUGUUUGUAGAUUUCCCUGACACAUUUGUUAUUUAGUUAAGUUUUCUGUAGAUGACCUGUUAUACUUUUAUGUACCUUUGCCAGUGCAUUAAUUUUUUCUAACUAUAUAUCUGAGCCUAUAUGUUUUUUGAUACUUCCUACAUGCUUCCUAUGUACAAGGGAGGAGACAAAUGACUCCGCAAAAAUUGUAGGAGCAUAACACUGUUAAAUGUUCACUACCAGAUAUUGUACAAAAACUGUUCUUGCCCAGAUACAUUUUAUUAAAACACAGUUUGAAAAAGCUUUUUGACUUUUUAGCUUUUAAACAAUCAUAAUAACUUUGACAUUUUUUGUCACAUGAUUGUUAGUAGGCUCAAUGAAAAGCUGGUGAAAAAGCAUGCUUUCCAAAAGAAAACAAAACCUUCUAUGACCAAUAGGAAACAAGAUACUUAGCAUUUUUUUCCAAAAAUCAUAUUUCCAUUAUUUAUUAACGUUAAGAGCUGAGUAUUGAACAAAUUAUAAAUGAAGAUCUAAAUUUGAUUAUCCAUUUUAUAGAUGGUAUAUACUGAGA